AUGGCGAUACUGGCAGCAUUCGUUCUUUCCACCGGUGUUCUGCCGGUCAUAAAGCAUAUGCGAGAUGUAGGGCUUACCAGUGGGUCGGCAAUAGCUAGGGGCGUCUCUACACUCUCCUUUUCAGUUCUCCUCGGAACCUGCUCGGUUUACAGUACAGAUCUCCCAGUACCACCUGCUGCCGUGACAGCUGAGACAACGGGAAAGCCUAAAACUGAUGACAAAUCAACUCAUGAGGUCGUGACAUCUGAGACAACGGGGAGCCCCAACCCCACAACAGAGGAAAAGACAACGCAUGCUGCUGGUACAUCUGAGACAACGGCGAACCCCACAACAGAGGAAAAGACAACGCAUGCUGUCGGUACAUCCGAGAAAACGGAGAACCCCAACCCCACAACAGAGGAAAAGAAAACGCAUGCUGCAGGUACAUCCGAAACUACGGGGAACCCCAGCCCCACAACAGAGGAAAAGACAACACAUGCUGCCGGUACAUCUGAGACAACGGCGAACCCCACAACAGAAGAAAAGACAACACAUGCUGCUGGUACAUCCGAGCCAACGGGAAACCCCACAACAGAGGAAAAGACAACGCAUGCUGCCGGUACAUCCGAGACAACGGAGAACCCCAACCCUACAACAGAGGAAAAGACAACGCAUGCUGCCGGAACACCCGAGAAGCCUUCAACUGUGACAGUAAACUUUGGGCGGGUACUACUGUACCAUCUAUCCUCACUCACUCUUAGUUGGUGUGAAGGCAUACCCAAGGAGGCCGAUACGAAUACAGCUACUACUAUUUCUACCACAACUGACUACCAAUGUAUCCGGGAACCACAGCAGACGCAACUGCGUCGCGUUUCCACCCGCCCCAUGGUGGCCACGUUCUGUUACACCCAACUCCCUACGUUGGAUGAACCAUUCCCUCCUCUGAACCUGUGUUUUUUAAUGACGGAGCAGCCCCUCACGGCCACGCUACUCCGACUCCUCCUCCUUGCCGCCGGAAUUGAGACCAACCCCGGACCUCUUUGUUGUCCUCCCGGUUUCACCGCCUCUAUCACUCCCUUCUUACCUCCUGGAUACAUUUUGGUGCUAGGUGACGUAAAGCACCAGUGGUGCUCUAACUUGGCGGAGAAGUCCAGGUCGAGAACAGCCAAACACGGCUUCCACCAACGGUACCUCCAGCUCGCCAGUUUUUUCCCUCGCCAGUUUCAGCCUGUUACCCUACACCAUGUGGAGCACAAAAAUCAGCCUGCGUAG